AGUUAGUGGGAGUUUUCUUUGGCUUUGGGAGAGAGAUGUGCAAGUCUGUGAGGUUGGGUUCUUGAACCAUAACUUUUCACUAAUCUGUUUUUUAUUUUUUUCCCAAAGACUCUUCCCUGUUCUUUACUCAUUACUCCAUGAAAGUUUUUUUACAAAGUAGAUAUUUGUAAAAUCGCAUAAAUAUCCAACCCACUUUCUGUAAAACUAAUUCUUUGUUUUGAAAUAUAUGUAGGGCCACAACGACCCAGGUGAAGUGAUAGCCACUCCCAGGUCUCGUUGGCCUUCUGCCAAGCACAUACAAUGAUCAACCAAUAACAUCCAAUCAAGCUCUCCCAGGUCUCAUUGACCCAGGUGAAGUGAAAACCCCAAAAGUCUUCCCCUCUCCCCUUCUCCCUUCCUCACUUGGACUUAAAAGAAAAGUGAUGGUAGAAGAGAUCCAAAAGACCUAUAAGAAAGGCACUGCCCAUAGGUAUAGCACACAAACAAUAACCAUGAGAUCUUUAACUUCCGGUAAAGUAUUCUUCAUGGUUUAUUGCCUUACCUUGUUGUAUGUUUCAUCACCGCAUUGGGUUGCUUCUGCUACUUCUACUACUGAUACUGAAGCAAAGGCUCUUCUCAAUUGGAAAGCCAGCUUAUUUCAAAACAAAGCCCUCAAUAUUCUCAACUGGUACCCUCCCGCUCAUAAUGCCAACAAUUCUUCCACCAAUCCAAAAGCAAAUACAAUCCCGUGCACCUGGACCGGUGUUUCAUGCAACACAGCUGGAAGUGUCAACAAGAUAAACCUUUCCACUUGUGGUAUUCAAGGUACGCUACAUGAAUUUUCAUUCUUGUUCUUCCCUAAUCUUGAAUAUCUUGACCUCCGGAUGAAUAAACUCUUUGAUGUCAUCCCACCUCAAAUCAGUUACCUCUCCAAACUCGACUAUCUUGAUCUCUCUCUCAAUCAAUUGUCCGGGAGAAUCCCACCAGAAAUCGGACUCCUAAAAAAUCUUACCCUUCUCGAUCUCCAUGAAAAUACAUUUUUUGGGGAUAUUCCCAAGGAAAUAGGCAACAUGAAAUCUAUUGAGGAACUAUAUUUGUAUAAGAAUAAAGUCAACGGUUCAAUUCCAAGAUCAUUAUGCAAUCUAACAAGACUUGCCUAUCUUUACCUCUAUAAAAAUCAACUUUCUGGUUCUAUUCCCAAUGAGAUAGGUAAUUUAAAGUCUCUAGUAGAUCUACAGUUGUCCUCCAACACUUUAAGUGGUCACAUCCCUCCAAACAUUGGUAACUUACAAAAAUUAAACACUUUGUACUUGCAUACCAAUAAACUCUCUGGCUAUAUUCCCAAUGAGAUAGGGAACUUGAAAUCUCUUAUGGAUCUUAAUUUGGGUGAUAAUCAAUUAAGAGGCUCAAUUCCAAGAUUUUUAGCAAAUAUCUCAACCCUUACCAAUCUUUCCGUCUUUGGUAAUCAACUUUCUGGCAUUAUUCCCAAUGAGAUAGGUAAUUUGAAGUCUCUUGUAGAUCUACAGUUGUCUUCCAACACUUUAAGUGGUCCCAUCCCUCUAAGUAUUGGUAACUUAAAAAAAUUAAACACUUUGUACUUUCAUAACAAUACACUUUCUGGUUUGAUUCCAAAAGAGAUAGGGAGCAUUAAAUCUCUUGUGAACUUAGGAUUGAGCGGCAAUCAACUGCACGAUUCAAUUCCUACUUCAUUUGGUAACCUGAGCAACUUGGAAAUCUUACAUCUACGGGAUAACCGACUUUCCGGCUCCAUUCCCCAAGAGUUAGAGAAUCUCAAGAAUUUGAUUCAAUUGCACUUGGAUACAAACCAAUUGUCUGGUUAUUUGCCUCCAAAUAUUUGCCAAGGUGGAAAGCUUACAAACUUUUCAGUGUUCAGAAACUAUUUGACUGGACCUAUUCCUAAAAGCUUGAAAAAUUGCACGGGCUUAAUAAGAGUUCGUCUUGAUCAGAACCAAUUUACAGGCAAUAUAUCUGAAGACUUUGGUGUUUAUCCGAAUCUUGAUUUUAUGAACAUAAGCAACAACAACUUGUAUGGAGAAAUCUCACACAACUGGGGACAAUGCCCAAAGUUGACAACCUUGCUAAUGGCAGGAAACAACCUUACUGGUAGCAUCCCACCUGAGAUAGGAAAUGCAACCCAAAUUCAUGUGCUCGACCUUUCUUCAAAUCAUUUAGUUGGGUUGAUCCCAAAAGAAUUCGGGAAGUUGUCUUCAUUGGUGAGGCUGAUAUUGAAUGGAAAUCAACUUUCGGGUCGUAUACCGUCAGAAUUUGGAUCAUUAAAUGAUCUUGAAUAUCUUGACUUGUCAACCAACAAAUUCAAUGAGUCGAUUCCGAGCGUUAUAGGUGACUUGGUCAAAUUGCACUACUUGAAUUUGAGCAACAACAAGUUGGCUCAAACAAUUCCAUUUAAGUUAGGGAAGUUAGUUCAAUUGAAUGACCUGGAUUUAAGUCAUAACUCACUUGAAGGUAGGAUACCAUCAGAAAUGGGUAGUAUGCAGAGUUUGGUGAAACUUGAUCUUUCCCACAACAAUCUUUCGGGUUCCAUACCAUCAAGUUUUGAAGAGAUGCACGGCUUGUUGUACGUUGACAUAUCUUACAAUCACUUGGAAGGUCCCCUUCCCAACAUCAGUGCAUUUCGAGAAGCUCUGCCAGAAGGAUUAAAAGGGAACAAAGGAUUGUGUGGCAUAGUCAGAGGUUUGCCACCCUGCAAUGCACAUGGCUCAAAAAAAGACCAGAAGUUCCUAUUCUCACUUCUAGCAGUAAUUGUUUUUCUAUCUGCUUCCUUUACUAUUGUCUUUGUAAUAGUGCAAAGGAAGAAGAAGCAUCAGGAUAAAGCACAAAAAAACAUGAAUGAAGAAAUAUCUUUUUCAGUUUUAAAUUUUGAUGGAAAGUCAAUGUAUGAGGAAAUCAUAAGGGCAACAGAAGAUUUCGAUCCCCCAUAUUGCAUUGGGAAGGGAAGACAUGGAAGCGUGUACAUAGCAAGUUUGCCAUCUGCCAAUGUAGUGGCUGUGAAGAAACUCCAUUUGUUGCAAAAUGACCAGAAAAAUCUUCAAAAUGAGUUCUUAAAUGAAGUAAGGGCACUCACGGAGAUACGACAUCGGAACAUUGUGAAGCUCUAUGGUUUUUGUGCACAUAAACGACACUCAUUUUUGGUGUACGAGUAUCUUGAAAGAGGUAGCUUGGGCGCAAUCUUGAGCAAAGAGGAAGAGGCUAAAGAGUUAGGGUGGAGCAAAAGGGUGAAUAUUGUAAAAGGUGUAGCUCAUGCCUUGUCUUACAUGCACCACGAUUGCUUGCCACCGAUUGUACAUCGUGACAUCUCAAGCAAGAACAUUUUGUUGGAUUCUGAAUAUAAGGCUUGUGUUUCAGACUUUGGCACUGCUAAGUUUUUAAAUCCAGACUCAACUAAUUGGACUGCCGCUGCAGGCACAUUUGGCUACAUUGCACCAGAGCUUGCAUAUACAAUGAAAGUGAAUGAGAAGUGCGAUGUUUAUAGCUUUGGAGCUGUCACACUGGAAAUAAUUAUGGGAAGCCAUCCAGGAGAUGUUUUCUCAUCUUUAUCAUCCGGGGCGUCAUCAUCGUCCUCAUCUGCAUCACUUGCCCAUGAAAUGCCAAUUUCGGAUGUUCUGGACCAACGCAUCUCCCAACCCACAAAACAAGAAGCAUGGGAGGUGGUGUCUCUUGUGAAGAUAGCAUUUGCAUCUUUGAAUCCCAAUCCGCAGUGUCGUCCAACAAUGAAAAAAAUUUCUCAACUCCUCUCAUCAACUCAGAGGCUACAUUUGCCAAAGCCAUUACAUAUGACAACAUGUGGUGAAUUGCUUGCUGUUGAUGGAUUCACUACCUGAUCAGGACAUGUGCUGCUUUUCUGUAUUUGACUUCAUUUGUGUCUGCUUUGUUCUUAUUAUUCUUAGAUGUUUGGCUUAUUGUAUUCUAUUUCAUGCCCACUUUUGUCUUUUGGCUCAUGCUUUAAUAAGGGUUAUUGGUAUGUAGAACUUUUUUUGCUAUCUAUGUAUGUCUCAUGUUACCACCUAAAGUAUUAUGAAUUUGUUGCAAUAUUGCAAUGUCAAACUUUUCGUUUAUGGUUAAUUACAUUUUUGGUCACUGAAUUUUCGCUCAAAAUCAAAUUUGGUCACUGGAUUUCUAUUUUCCCAAUUUCAUCACCGCAUUUGCAAUAGUUAACAAAUUCCGUCAGUUUGUUUAAUUAAAAAAUAUUUAAUAUUAAAUUAAAAAUAAUUAACCUCAAUAUAAAAUUUAAUAAUUAAAAAAAAAUCAUAUCCCAUGUUCCCCCGGUUCCGUCGUCAGCCCCCUUCCCCACACCUACCCAACAAUACCCAGCCCCACCAUCCCUUCUCCCUGCUCCCACCACCACUUAACCCCUUAGGCCUCUCAAACAGAAGUGGAUCCGAUAUCCCCAAAUUGUGUCCCUUCCCUGUACUUGUUCUA